ACUUCCUUAGAUUAACAUCUUCCGCUCAUCUCUCUCGAAACGAAAUGGUUGACACCUCACAUGGGUAUAAGUAUUUACAAACUGAAACAAUUAAGAAGAGGUUUUUAUCAAGUAAAGCAAUCCAUGAGGAUGAAAGCAAAAUCGUAGAAUCCAGAGCAAAAGCCAAAGAGUCUAAAAAAAGUGGAGAAAUCCUUCCGCAAACAGUUGCUGGAGGAGGCAGUGCCAGUAUUCCUGUGACUAUCAGAUGGCCCGAUGAUAAACCUUCAAAAAUAAAAUUUGGAAAUAUAUCAUCCAGUCUCCUUGUCUCUGUGGACAUAGUACCGAUAUUUCAUGUUGAUGAUUGGCCAGACGAUGCUAUCAAGAAGACCUGGCGAAUGGACGAGGACACCUUGAAGAAGAGUGGGUAUAGGCUGGUCCUGAAAUCGCCACACAAGGACAGUGAGUACGGACGGUUGCUACCUGAAGAAGACAGAGAAAGAAUGUACCGGAUCUCCUUCUCUCAUCUAGAACCUGCUACAAUCAAACCUUUGGCUCCAAGAAUCAAAGACGCAUACAUCACAGCAAAGUGUCUGAGGUCGCCUAUGGCAUGUGGCGUUGUGAUUAAAGACAAGGACGGUGUCAUACAUUUCGUCAGUCACUUCCUAACAAGCUACCUCCUGAAGACAGUCUUCCUCCACAACAUAAACGACUUCCUUGAGACGAACAGGAGCCUGCCAGAGAUGGUCUACAUAAUCUACAGCCAACUUGAGGAUUACCUCGGCAAGGGCAACCUACCGUUCUACUGGCAGCCCAGCGUCAACCUGCUGGAAGGCUUGAAACUCAACAUAGCCAAGUCUCAUCAAGUCGCCAAGCUGAUGACGGCAACCGUUGGUAGGAUGUCCCGCCUGGAGAGUGGUGGAGAGAACCAUGGUGAUGACGCGAGGGAAGAUGGGCCAGGGAUGGAAGCUACUGAUGACGAGCCUGACAUAGGUUGUUACAUCGUCAGAUUAGAAUAGCGAGCAAGUACUUCCAUAUUCAUCCCGAAGAACACCUGGUAUGCAAGACGGAUGCCCCGGUGUAACCACAUCUAUGGUUAUUUCCCGGCCUCACCCAGCCCGGCCAGUUUAAACCACGACAGUGCAUGUGUACGAGUUGGGCCGACGCGACAGGCGCAGCGGUCGGAAGCGGUCUCUGGCGGGAUAUCUUGGACUUUGGUUCGACCACGAAAGCCUCAAGUUCGUCAGGACCUUCAAAGCCUAGUGGUAGGGAGUUCGUUCUUGAGAUGACACGGGGAUGAAAAUAGCAGCUAUAUUGACUUCAAGAGAGAGAAUGGUGAGGGGUCGUGUAGUGUACAAAGGAAAAUAAGCAUUGUAAAAUUUUAGAAAACUUCUGAUAUUUUUCAGGCCCCCCGCGAUCCUCUCACACUUCCCCGAUAUUCAGAUAUGCAAUUGCAGAAUUGCAGAUUUUCCCAGUUUGGGAACACACAUCGGUGAUGAUGUCCAAAAGUUCACCACUUCUGAAAAAAAGACAUUUUUGAUUUUGGUAAGAAUGGAUCCUUCCCCUAAUUUAAGAUGAUUUCUGAAAUUUUACAGUCCAUUUUGUGCACCUACAAUUCCUAGGAAGAACGAGAUUUGGGAGUUUCUCGUUUGUUUUUUGGGUCGUGGUAGGGUGAGAGGAAGUUGAUACAAAUCAAAUGUUGAUAAUUUCCUGCAGACUUAUCAUGUCACGUAGUGUUUAAAAUACUGGCAACAACUUUGAUAUUCAAUCGAUUUUGAUAUCUUUAAUUCAGUCAACAUUUGCAUUGACACUUUUCCUUUGACCCGAUCUCGAUCCCAGAUUGCCGACAAGGCAGCCCCAUUCUGUAAAAUAUUUAGGAGAGCGUGGAUAAGUUCUGGACGCCACGCACGCUUUACAAUUAAUUGUGAUGGAGGACUUUUGAUUCCUGUCCUACCAGUAGGCAGAAGACAUUUUGACAUUUUGAAAUUUUAAGAGACAUUUUGACAUUUUACAUGUAAGUGAUAUUUUGACAUACUUUAGACUCACCGUUCUAAGACUGGCCAGUUUAUUAAUUUGAGGCAGGAUAUGGGUAUCCAAUCAAAGAAAAAAUUAUUCUAUUCGUACACAGUUUCGCUGAUGCCGAACUAAUCAUGGUGAUGACUUUUGCAGUUGUUUAGGCAGACAGCAGUGGUAACAGCGUAUUAUGUGAUCACCCGCCACCCCUUCCAUUUGCCAGAUCAACUGCGAAUUCAACAACCAAAAUUAGUUAUGCAUGAGCGAUAUCGCGUACAAAUGAAAUAAUUUUGUCUUAAUUUUGGUUUAUGACCGCCCCCAGUAUAAUAUGAUUAAGCAGGCCAAGGUCCCUUCAUCCUGAUUGGCUCAAACAUGUCCGUCUUCAGGUUAUGGUUGGUCGAUUGACAGUGUGUGGUUGGCUUUUGGAAUGAACUAAUCACUUGCGACCUAACCACUAUAUACUUCGAUCAGUGGUUUUAAAUGGUCAAUCGAUUUCCCUGUCUUUUAGCCUAUGUCUAUUGGCAACGAAUCUUCAAUGAACGAAAUCGUAUUGAUGUUAAAGUACAAUCCUUAUGGGCCUACCAUUCUCAACUCUUAACUAUGGUAUUGAUGAAAAGGCGACACAUAGGUAUUGUUUACCCCGAUUGAACAUUAGGGAGUUUACGAAAAUCCCCCAAAACACCCACGUGAAUGUCUAUUUCAUGGUUCGACCUCCUUUUACUAACUCGAACAAUGGGAUAGGCGUUCACGUUGACGUUUCGGGGCGUUUGCGAAAACUCCCUACUGUUAAAUGGCAUCGAACGACGAAGCGCAUAAUAUCAAUGGCGGCUUGGCUUACAUAUUCAGAAACGGUCUUAUAUCGGUGAAUCUUGAGUAUGUGAUAGGGAGUUUGAUAUCUGGGCCUUAUCACGGAUACUUGUACGUAGACGGAUGGACAUGUACACAAAAUCAGGCCUGUUUCUUCAGAGUUUUAUUAAUAUACGUAAAGAAGCUGUUCUCAAACUCCCUAACAAAAUAGGAAGUUGGAUGUUGCAAUCAAUCACUUUCAUUAUAUGUGUGGGUUAUACCCUUUAAUAAAU